GCCCUUGCGGCAGCAAAGCGGAAGAGACGUACUUUGAGCCAAAAUGAGGGAAAAUAAGAACAUGUCCGAGUCCCCCUCUCAAGCGGGAAAAGAAAUACCAUCGAAAAAACAGAAACUGAGCAGUGACGAGAACAGUAACCCCGAUUUAUCAGGAGACGAGAAUGAUGAUGCUGUCAGCGUUGAGAGUGGGACCAACGCAGAGCGCCCAGACACACCCACCAACACUGCCAAUGCUCCGGGCAGGAAGCUGUGGGGAAAGGGCAAGUGGAAGUCCAAGAAGUGCAGAUACUCCUUCAAAUGUGUCAACAGUCUGAGGGAGGACCACGGCCAGCCGCUGUUUGGAGUCCAGUUUAACUGGCACAGCAAGGAGGGAGACCCGCUGGUGUUUGCCACCGUUGGGAGUAACAGGGUCACUCUGUACGAGUGUCACUCUCAGGGAGAAAUACGCCUCCUGCAGUCUUAUGUGGAUGCAGACGCGGAUGAGAACUUCUACACGUGUGCCUGGACCUACGACACCAACACAAGCCACCCUCUGCUGGCUGUAGCCGGCUCCAGAGGCAUCAUCCGGAUCAUCAACCACAUCACGAUGCAGUGUAUCAAGCAUUAUGUGGGUCAUGGAAACGCCAUCAACGAGCUCAAGUUUCAUCCCAGAGAUCCGAAUCUUCUUCUGUCUGUCAGCAAAGAUCAUGCUCUCCGUCUCUGGAACAUCCAGACGGAUACGUUAGUGGCGAUAUUUGGAGGAGUGGAAGGUCAUCGAGAUGAAGUCCUGAGCGCUGAUUUUGAUCUUCUAGGUGAAAAGAUCAUGUCCUGUGGGAUGGAUCACUCCUUAAAGCUCUGGAGGAUCAACUCAGAGAGGAUGCAGAAAGCUAUCAGAGGGUCUUAUGAGUACAACCCCUCCAAAACCAACAGGCCGUUUGUCUCACAGAAAAUUCACUUCCCCGACUUCUCAACACGAGACAUCCACAGAAACUACGUGGACUGUGUGCGGUGGCUCGGGGAUCUCAUUCUGUCCAAGUCGUGUGAAAACGCGAUCGUCUGCUGGAAACCGGGCAGGAUGGAGGACGACAUCGAUCACAUCAAACCCAACGAGUCCAACGUGACGAUCCUGGGCCGCUUCGAUUACAGCCAGUGUGACAUCUGGUACAUGCGCUUCUCCAUGGACUUCUGGCAGAAGAUGCUGGCUCUGGGGAACCAGGUGGGUAAGCUCUAUGUUUGGGACCUUGAAGUUGAGGAUCCACAUAAAGCAAAGUGCACCACGCUGACCCUCCCCAAAUGCACCUCAGCGAUCCGGCAAACCAGUUUCAGCCGUGACAGCAGCAUUUUGAUCGCCGUGUGCGAUGACGCCUCAAUCUGGCGCUGGGAUCGACAGCGCUGAGUCUCUUUUGUUUGUUUUGUUUUUUUAAAUGAAGACUUUUUUGUUCCCUCUCUCCGCCUCUGAAACCUGCAGCCCUGCUGUGCAGAUCCACUCUGCAAGAAAUGUCCAUGUCGUCUCACCUGAAGUCUAAGAGUGUGUCUUUUAUUUCCUGUAAAGAAGUGAGGAGCUGUGCCAAGCUGUGAUGAUUGUUUUGUUACUCUGGCCAAGGAGAUUGAUUUCACUUUCUGCUUCAGGAAGUUUCAGGAAAAACAUCAGAUGUCCCAGAUGUUACAGAAAGUCGUAUAACAUUUUCUACCUUACAAACAUCUCUGUUUUCAGAACAUGUUUCUGUUCUUUUGUUUUCAAAUACAAGUUCAAAGUUUCAGAGAACUUCUUCUUAAAGCAUGUUGGUGUUGUUGGAGGAUAAGUGCCUUGUAGCUUCCUAUGCAGACUCAAUCAUCAGACCUUUUUAGAUCAAGCAGUCGCUCCACAGUCGGGGACGCUUUUCUGCAAAAUAACAACACAAAAUGAAUGCUGCUGUCUCCGUCUGUCUUGGCAGAUUUUCAUCACUUGUUUUUAGGAAACAGAAACUUUAGGGCACCACAGAUGAAAUGACCAGAGGUGGACAUCUCUUGCAGGGGGCUGAGUCGUUUGUUCCGACACCAAAAGAUGAAGAUGUUUUUUUUUUUAUUCAGUUUUAAAUGUUUUUGUCUCUUUGCAUCUUUUUAAAAAUAGUUUGCUUUAACUCCCCUCACGGUUACCUCCACACAGCACACUCAAUAAAAGGUAUUUUGUAAAUAUA